AUGCUCGCCAUGUAUGUCGACGUCGCGCACAAGACUUGGGAUGAAAUCCUUCCGUACGUGACGUUCGCGUACAACACCGCGCCACAGGAAACAACGCAGAUGACGCCAUUCGAGCUUGUCUUCGGUCGCCAAGUCGCCACCAUGCUGGAUGCGGUGUUGCCUCACGUCGAAGACAACAUCCAUGCAGACGUUGCCGGAUUCCUUCAACGCGCCGAGGAAGCUCGCCAGCUCGCCCGAAUGCGUAUUAAAGAGAAGCAAAACAUCGACGCCCGACUCUACAACCUACGACGACGAGACCAAGAGUACGCACUUGUUCAAGGGGGCUCUGCUAAGGGCAUCUGCUGGAAUGUUGGCAAGUCCUCUCCUGUGUUUGAUCUUGCAGUUAAGGCCUUGCAGCCUAAGGACCCACCGCUUGACUCUUGGUGA